CCCGCGGGCCGGGUGCGGGCGUGUGGCCGUGCUGUCCUCCCGGGAGUCCGCCAGGCUCCUCCGCGGGCACGGCGCCCGCGGCUUUCACUCCUGGAGCCUCCCGCUGCUGGGCCGGCCGGCGGAGAAGCGCGGGCUCUCGUUGUGCCCCCGCGGAGGGCGCUCCCCGUAUCCCGUCCUUGUCCCCCUCCGGCGUCCCGAGGGCGCUGAUGCCCCUUGGCGGGGAGGCUCCGGGGCUGCGGGUCGGGCUGAGCUGCUCCCUGGCUGACAGCCCUCCCUCCCAGCCGUGUGUUCUCCGGGCUGGUGUUCGCCCAGGUCUGUCGGCACUCAGGGUACCCCUGUCCCUUCUUCCCUUGAUGCAUCUGAACGCCCCUAUGUCAGCGGCAGCCUUCUGCUGUCUGUUUGCCCGUUGUCAGGCUACUGAUGUAAUUAAUUGAAUUGCGGGUACCAGACAUGUUCUGAUAUGUUCUGCCAUGUUUUCAGUCUCCUUGCAAAAGAUGUACUCCAGUGCCUGACAGAUUCAGGAAGAAAUGCAGUCAGGGUUGUUAAAAAGGGGCCACUUAUUUUUAGAUAUGCAGUCUGAUGCUUACCUCCCUGCUGCAGGGAUAAGUUGAGCAAACAUCUAGGUGCCCUUGAGCAGCAGUCCCAAGGGCAUGGGCUGAGGGGCAGGUGAGGACCCCUCUCCUGAGUCACAGCAGAAUGGGGAGGGCACCAGUGGGGCUGUGCCACAUCCCUCUGCCAACAUCACUCUUGAGGGGCAGCUCUCUGGCCCCCUCUUUAACUUCAAAGCCAUGUUGUGUGGCAGCUCAGUGCCCAGCUGCCCUGCAGGUCGCCUUCCUGGCUGCCUGGCCCCAGGCUGGAGUCCUGCUGGCCCCAGCAGGCAGGACCCAGCUCUUCUUCUUCAGCAGGCCUGGAGGGAACCCACUGCUGCACUGACAGGACUAAAGGGUGCACCAGGCCUUAAGUAAGCAAUUGCUCUUUCUGUCGUGGUGCCCAUUUCUUAUUAUGGCUUUAAUCAAAACUGAAGCCGGAUAACUUAUAAAUGAUGCAGAAUCAUUAGUGAUUAAUGCAUUGGGCAGGGCUUCACUGUGGCAUGCUUUUGCCGAAGAGCCAAGCAGAGUCUUGGAGCGUCUUGGCAUUACAGAAAUGUUAUUAAUAGUUGGCUUCAGAGAGUACGUUUUUUGGAGCCCUUGCUCUCGCAGAUCUGUAUGGCAACAGCUCUGGCAUGAAAAUGCUCUAGCCUUAGCUGCAGAGCAGGCUGGAGAAUGUUAGGCUUGAUGUGGGGUUCAUAUGCAAAGCUUCCUAUAGUGUGAGCUGUCAUAGAAUCAUAGAAUUGUCUGGGUUGGAAGAGACCUUUAAGAUCAUAGAGUCCAACCACUAACCUAACACUGCCAAAACCACCACUAACCCAUGUCCCUCAGCACCAUGUCUACACAUCUUACAAUCACCUCCAGGGAUGGUAAUGCAAUCACUUCCCUGUGAUUGGAACAGCAGGCUGUUCCAAUGCUUGAUAACCCUUUCGGUGAAGAAAUUUUUCCUAAUAUCCAUCCUAAACUUCUCCAGCACAAUUUGAGGCUGUUUCCUCUUGUCCUUUGGAGGUCUUGUCAUAACAACUUUCAGUGAGGUCUCAGCUUGCGUAUCCUUGAGAUUAAAUGUUGUCCCAUGUUUCUAGAGUGAACUUCUCCAGUUUUGACUUCUGAAACUUCUUGUUCUAUCUCCUCCUGCUGGGAGUGCAUAUCCUACAUGUUCAGAAAUGUCUUUUCUGCAGUUUGCUGAACUGCAAACUGACCAUGGGACACUCAUUUUUGCAAUGAAGAGCUGCAGGCUGGACAUCUUCGGGUCUCGCUGUCACAGAGGUUCAGGUCUGCUUGCCCGGAGCCUGCACAAAGUGUGUUUGUGAUGCAUGAGGUCUGAAGCACUGACCAGCCACAUGCACUGUGGCUCCGUCAUGCCCCCCACGAGCUCUUGCUCUCUCUCUAUUUGGGACAUUUAGGGAUUGGCUCUAGGUGCAAUAGCAGAUCAUGCUGGCUUUGAGUGUACUGUCUUUGCAGUUUGAUACCAGGAUGGUAUCCCCCUGGGAUGCUGUUCUGCUGCUGGGGAGUGACGGUCCCUACACAGGGCCUGUGCUAACUCUGGCUGAGUGCCGUACAAGCAACACUGUCAGCCCUGCGUGGACCCAGCAGCAUGGCUCAUGGGUCUGUGCAGCGUACUCGUUCUGAAAUCAUAGAGUGACUCAGCCCCAAGGCCUCACGCGUGUCUCGGCAUCCCCAGCCUGAAAACAUGGGCUGGGCCAGGCUGGGCUCCCCGCAGAAGCCUAGAAAAUUCUUAUGCAGAGCUGGGAGCCUGCUACAAGCUCCAUCCACAGACUUCUGUGGUGCAGAAAUGUCAGACCUUGCCUUUAAUUUCCUCACAUAUAUUUAAAGGUUGGGAAGUCCAACUCCCCAGUUUAAGCAUGUUCAGACCUCUUCUCAUUCUGUUAAAAGCUACCUGAUUUAUUACUGUAGAUGUAUCCUAUGAAGCACCAGGUCCUGUUCUUGUCCUGAAGCCAGCUGGCAGCAUCUGCUCACAUCCAUAGCACUAUGCUCGUGAGUUCCCAAGAGGGGAGCACAUUGAUGCUACCUACUAGGAAUGGUUCAUGGCUCAUGCUAGCUCCUGACCCGUGCCCAAGAGUGGUUUGAGCACAUGCUGGAUGGUUCAGACCAAAGCAGUUCCUGGGACUAGUCUCCACCACUGGAUUACUGGGCUGUUUCUGACCUCGUUACGUUUGCUAGCAAAGUGGUAGCCUUGAACAACUGUUCUUAUGCCUGAAGGUUAACAGAAACAUUGCAGCCCCCUGAGACACACACACACACCUCCCAGACCACAUCUGCGGGGAGCUCAGCUCCUCUGCCCCAGUCAGCGGCCAGUUCUGGGGAACACAGCUUUAUUCAGCCUGGUUUGCUGUGAGCUUGCGGGAGAGCAGGAUGUGCAGAUAAGGCUCAGAGGCUCCCUUUCACAAGUUGGAGUUAUGAAACAGUCGCACUGGCAAAACUUUAAGGACGCACACUUUUCAUGGAAUAAAGAAUAUUUGAGUGUGUCUUUGAAUCCUUUCCAGUUUUCCAGCUCCUGUUCUGGAAGAGAGGCUGUAGCAUCCCGUGAUGUCUUUGUUCAUGUUGUCUCCAAUGACUGCCUCCUUGUGAUGCAGGAUUCUGUUGGUGAUACACUCAGCCCCCGUGUCUCUGAGAACAUGUUUUCUGGGCUCUGUGGGUCACCCUCCUGUCUGUUUCAGUCACCCGAGACCAACCAGAAACCUAGAAACCUGCACUUCUUAGAGUGGGAAUCGUGGCCUUUUCCUGGUAGAUCUGUCAUGGAGCUGGAUAUAUUCCAAUGUGAAUGAAUGGAUUUAAAUGGCUGACCUGCAGAAAUGACCUUUCUUUGUCACUGUAACUGUGGUUGUUAGUGGUGUCUGUGGUUGUCUUUUUUUCUUGUUCUGAGGUUUGUUCUGGGGCCCUUUUUCUAUCUAUAUCUAUAUCGGUCUAUAAAUCACAGCAUUGAACUUGUGCUACACAAGCAGUUUGUAGAAGGACACUGCUUUGUAUACAGGGAGGGAGGAUACUCAGACAGCAGCCUCAAUGUCUUUACUCAUGUGCUCCUGUGUCCAAUUUACAGACAAAAUUUGGCUUUGUAUGUGUACCAGUGUAAGAUCCUGCCAUGAUCUUAGUGCUUUGAAAUCUCAGAAUGGUGAUGGUGCAGACCAUGGGUCAAUCAGACCAGCUUUCCAAAGGAUAACAAUGGCUGAGGGUUGCUGCCAGCUUUGCAGCCAAUGGCAUUGCACUGCUGGGAAAGGCAGCUCUGCCUUCUGCAUCGGGCUUUCCCUCCCACUCUAGAGCAGGGAGCAAUGCCAGGCGGAUGAGAUGGCCAGAUUGAGUUGCAUAGUGUUUUAUUCCAAGCUGCCCCAUUUUUCUGUCACAGUUGAUAUAUAAAUACUGUGUCUGGGCUGCUUCCUACACAGUUCUGGGUGGUGUGCCAGGCAUUCGUGAUGUGCACAUCGUGGGAUGAGAGGAGUCUGAUUUUACCAUUGCAGUCUUGGUUGAAGGAUUACACUAAUGUAGGAUUUGUUUGGACUUUCUGGACCCUACAGAAACACUGGACUUCCCUGCCAAGAGCCUACUCUGUGCCCAGGCUGAGCAGGAGCAUGUCAUGCCAGGCAGCCCUGCUUCUGCUCGUGCUGCAGCUGAAGGAAGUAAACUUUCCAACAGAUGAACAUCAGAGCAGCAGCGAAGACAGGCCACCAUCCCCUGUCAACGUGACUGUGACGCAGCUGAAGGCAAACUCUGCCACAGUCUCCUGGGACGUCCCAGAAGGAGACGUGGUCAUCGGCUAUGCCAUCUUACAGCAGCGGCAAGAUGGGCAGAUGCAGCGGUUCAUCCGGGAGGUGAACACCACAAACCGCGCCUGCGUGCUCUGGGACCUGGCCGAGGACGCCGAUUACAUCAUCCAGGUGCAGAGCAUCGGCCUCUAUGGGGAAAGCCAGGCCAGUAAGCGUGUGCACUUCCGAACCCUGAAGGAGACUGACCGCCUCCCUUCCAACAGCUCCAACCAAGGUGACAUCACCAUGGAAGGGCUGGACAAAGACAGGCAGCUGCAGACGGGCGAGAUUAUCAUCAUUGUGGCUGUGCUGCUCAUGUGGGCAGCGGUGAUCGCCCUCUUCUGCAGACAGUAUGACAUCAUCAAGGACAACGACUCCAACAACAACAAAGAGAAGACAAAGCCGUCCUCAGAGCAUAGCACGCCAGAGCGACCAAGCGGAGGGCUGCUGCGGAGCAAGAAGUCUCCCUCAGUCAACAUAAUCGAGGUGUAAGUGCAGUACCACCUCUGCGUCUAGGGUCCUGGGUGUCCUGCCAGAGCCAAAGCAGGCCUUGGAAGAAGAGGCAGCACCAGGUGCCCAGCCUGGAACUCUGCAUGUGAAGAUCCAUGUAUCAGAACUUACGCUUUCCCAAGGGCGCCUGUCCGGGGAUGUGCAUGGAGCCGGCUCCCAGCCACGCACACCGUGCACGGCCCUACCUGUCCCGCAUGCCUGGCCCCGCUCCCCUGCCGCUGCGGAGCGUGGAGCUGAGAACGGUCAGGGGGACACGCCACCAGCCAUGGGGGAGAGAGGGGCCAGUGUGCUGCCUUGAGGGGAGGCAAUAUCCCCAUGAGCUGGCUUGGCCAAAGGCCAGGUAUGACCAUGUGGCACCAGCCGCCUGCCCGGCAGGCCACCCGGAGCAGACCUUGCUCUCAGCUGCCAUGUCUGAGCUCAGAGGGCAGGGCUGCUCCCCUUUUGGCCCUGAGACUGAGGGGAAGGGGCAGUGCAGGCAUUCACUCCAGUGCUGCUGGGGAGAUUGUGGCUCCACGGCAGGAGGGUUUGUCUGUGAGGCUGGGCCCAGUGAGCAGAGCUGGUGAGGGGAUCCCUGCUGGAGAACAGGGUUCCACCACACCCCAUCGUUGCCACGUAGGGGUUUCAGGGCCUCUCCCUGCUGCAGGGACACAAGCGAGCACAGGGAGCUAGUGCUGCCACGGCCUACAGAGCAUGCAGCCAGGCAGGGAGGGCUGGUAGGAGCCGUUUUGUGGGGUGGUGGGAGCCCCAGAGAGCUGGGGGAGUGGGCAGGGCCAGGGCAUGGCUGCAGCUUUGCCAUUUCCCUGGCAGGGCUCAGUCCUGACAUGUUCAGGCUGUUUGUAGGGAGCUGCUGAGCACCCUGUGAGCAGUGCGGUGCUUGUGCUGCCCAGGGGAGAUAAUGUGGUGAGGCCCAGCAGGAUCUCGGGUGGGCUCAGCAAGAUGCACACUGCAGAGCUCAUCACCAGUCUGGGGACAAUUAGUUUCAAAUGCAUCACAUCCUGCUCCUGGCUUCUUCUGUCUUGGGGGGGAUGGUCACUGCUGAUUUUCUUGCUCCUGGAGCUGGUCCCAGGGCUGAUGUGAGACAGACCGGUUGGAAAGGGCUGGCCCUGAAUGCCCAGAGCGGGCAGACUGCUGGCUCGCUGUUACCUGCUCAGUCUGCCUGCUUGAGUGAGGACAACGUGAGCCAUUGACUGCCCUGGUGCUGUGAAGAAGUGAUGUCCGGUCUGUGCUUCCCCAGCCGUUCCCCAGAGCCUGUGGGUAGAAUUCUGUCAGUGGGUGUCUAAAUUGCUCUGUGGCUAAGGACAGGCCCAGGCGUGCCCUCCUGCCAGCAGCGGGAGGGGAUGAGGAUAGGAGGAGGCUCUCUGCUGCAGAGAUGGCCGGUGGUGCCCUGGCUGCUGCUCUUCCUCCAUGCUCUGCUCUGCAGCCUGUCACUUGAGCUGGGGUGCUGGCUCUGCAGCCCUGGACUCAAGCAUCACAGGAUCCAGCGUCUUCCAGGAAUAAACCUCCCAGUAAAGCACUUUCAGGACUCUUCCUUCCAGGUGCUGCUCAGCUCCUGCUACAGGACUAGGUGGGGAAGGGACAGCAUAAGCGACUCCUGCAGCAGGGUCUUUUCAAUAAAAGCAUCCUGGCUCAAAGGCACCAUUGGA